AUGGGGCUUCUGAAGCAUGUCAACGACAGAGAUACCUGGCUCUGGCAGGUUGAGAACAACGGCUCGUGGCGAUGGGAGAUAGGAGACUGGAAGGACAGCAUUUAUCUAGCUGCUGGUGGGCCGGUAGAGACCGAGCAUGACUGGAGGGAGAGGCUCGCUCCAGGACAGGAGUUUACUACCGUGCCUGUAGCGCUGUGCCAUGUUCAGGAUGACUAUGAAAAAGCCUUUGUAGCCAUGACCCGGUACAGACGCCAGAUCAGACGCAAGCAUCGAGACCAUGACCGACUACCGAUCAUCUUCAAUGAUUACAUGAACUGUUUGAUGGGCGAUCCCACCGAGGACAAGAUAUUAGCCCUUAUAGAUCCUGUUGUCAAAGCAGGUGCGGAGUACUUUGUGAUUGACGCUGGCUGGUAUGCCGAUGAUUCCGGCUGGUGGGACGACGUUGGGCUGUGGGAGCCGUCUCAGAAGAGGUUUCCAUCAGGAUUCAACAACCUUUUGAGUCAAAUCCGAAACAAAGGACUGAUUCCCGGGCUAUGGAUUGAGCCUGAAGUCAUUGGUGUCCGCAGUGUCGUGGCAAAGCAGCUGCCAAACGAAGCGUUCUUCCAGCGAGACGGUCAUCGCGUGGUGGAGAAGAACCGAUAUCAACUCGAUUACCGCCAUCCUGCCGUACGAGAGCACAUGAGUGCCGUCAUCCAUCGUCUUGUGACUGAAUAUGGCGUUGGGUACUUCAAGUUCGACUACAACAUCGAUGUCACCCAAGGGACAGACAUCAACUGCUCAAGUCCAGGCUCCGGCCAACUGGAGCAUAACCGUGCGUAUCUUCACUGGGUAAAUAGAUUGCACGAUCGCUACCCCAACCUCCUGAUCGAAAACUGCUCCAGCGGCGCCCAGCGAAUGGAUUACGCCAUGUUGGUGGUCCACGCCCUCCAGUCGUCGAGCGACCAGCAAGAUCCAGAGCGCUACCCGGCCAUUGCAUCGGCUCUCCCUACCGCUGUUACUCCAGAACAAGGAGCAAUAUGGGCCUACCCGCAGCUGGCAUGGGAUGAUGAGCUUAAUGCGAUGACCGUGGUCAAUAGUCUCCUGGGCCGUGUGCAUCUAAGUGGUCGUUUAGACCUUCUCCAGCCAGAGCAGUUUGAUUUGGUCAAAGAGGGCAUGGAUGUUUAUAGAGCUAUACGGGCUGCUUUACCCACAGCAACCGCAUUUUGGCCUUUGGGUCUUCCAAAGUGGCAUGAUGAUUGGUUCUCGCUCGGUAUGGCUGUGACGAAGCAUGACGGCGAUGCGAGUGAGUGCUAUUACCUUUCCAUUUGGAGACGAGGUGGACCUGAAUCCAUUGACUUGCCCAUCAAAGCACUCUGCGGUAGGGCUGUUAGCGCUGAGAUUCUUUAUCCUACGAGGCUUCCUGCGACGAUCAACUGGGUCUCUAACAAGGGUUUAUUGAAAGUCACUAUCCCGUCCGAAAUGGGAGCUCGGUUUAUCAAGCUGACAGCUGAGUGA